UUGCAAGUCAUCACCAUUUCCUGCUGUGAGUGUUGCCUGGCACCACUCCAACUCAUGACACAUGGGUUAUUUGCAUGCACUCCUGUUACCCUGUCUCUUGCAAUAGACAUCCAGGUUUUGGAGCUAGUAAAAAAUCUGUUUGUACAGAUGACUCCCAACUCAACUGUGUGGUGCGAUGCACUAGAAAAGUUUCUGAAUGAGCGAGGUUAUAAAUUGAAUACCAAGGACAGUCUUAGACACCAGUUUAGCAAUGUGUAUCAUUGGUAUACUGUUCUGACAAUAAUGUCAUUGGACUACCUCACCACAUUUAUCUCAAAUUCUCAGUGUGCUGGUGCAGACAGUGGCUUCUCAUGA